CCAACGGUGGUGAGUCGGGGCGUCCGGCCGUGAGGGAGGUGCGGGGUCCGGGAAAGCGCGCGGUGGCGGACGCGGGCCUCUCCUUUCCCCUCGGGGAGUUCGGCUUUUCUGCCUUGCUUUUUGGGACCCACAUCUGCACCCAGGGCCAGCUGUUCAUCCGUUUGCCAGGACAGGCCCUGUCAUUCUUAAAGGAGGUAUCCGUUCCAAGGCGGCUGGAAAAGUCUUUGCUCCAGCAGAGGAGGAGGAGGAGGAGGAGCCAGCGCUUUGAAAAAUGGCUGAGGACACCUACUUCUACGAUGUCCCUGAGCCUGUAAACUUUAAAGACAUGAAUGAGGAGGAAAUUACUGCCAUUGAUGCUUGGUUUGAUGCCAGAAGAGGCACUUUGGCUACCCCAAGAGAGGACUCCGCCAAGGGCAUCUUUCAGUGUGCAUCAACAUCGAGGGCGAAGCUCCCACAUGCCGUGGUCUCACCCAUGGUGAAAUCUAGUGACAAUCACAGUGAAACUAAGGCAAUGGAAGCAUCAGACAGGGUGCCACCAAACGUGGUGGCUUCUUUGGCAGAUUUCUAUGGCACGUCAGAUGAGGCGGUGUCGGCUGCAGCUCCUGCAGUAGCCCCGGGAAGGGUGGCCAGAAAGCUGUCGGCUCGGCGGAAGAGUGCCCAGCGCAGACUCAUGGCGAAAAGCCAGGCAGAGAGAAGUGCCGCGGCCUUGGCCAGCAAGCAAGAGCCACCUCCUCCAAAGAAGCAGAAAUUCUCUCUCAGGCCUUCCAAGAGCUCUAAACCCUGUGUGCCUGCCCGAGUGUUGAGGUCUAAUCAUCGGGAGAAGCUGGGGGAAAUUGUCUUGAACAGAAUCACCUCGCCGGUGAAGGCCAGAGUCACACCGUCAGCAGCAAAAAGGAAGACUCCAUCUAUGAAAGGCAAGUCAACGGAGGACUUGGAGCUUGAGAAAAUGCAGCAGCUGCAGCAAGAGGUAGCUGAGCUACGCCGGAAGAAUGAGGAAUCCCUAAAAGCAGCUAUUGCUGGGCCAGGUCAACCUGUGAAGACCGCAACUCAUAUAACCAAGCCAAUAGACCUCCACUUCUACACGGAUGAGAGGAUUAAACAGCAUGGGGAAAGCCAUCCUGGCACAGAGUACAAGGAGGUGGACUUCACGGCUGCCCUGAGGAGACACCCACCCUCUCCCGCCCGAGUGGCAAAAGGGCCGACCAUCCCGAAGCCUUUCAACCUCUCCCAGGGCAACAAAAGGAAGCUGGAGGAAGCGGCUUCUGAGUACAUAUCGCUGGCUCAGCAGGUGGAGAACUUCCAGAAGCGUACUCCCCCACGCUACCACUUGAGGAGCAGGAAGGAAGAUGAAGGUCUUGCUCAGAACAGACCAUUGAAGGCCAGGUUGACCAACCCCAAAACUCCCCGGCUUGAAACCAAGAGCCGCUCCAGGCCAGUAACUUGCAAGAGUGCGGCUGAGCUGGAAGCUGAGGAAAUUGCCAAACUGCAACAGUACAAGUUCAAAGCUCAAGAGCUCAACCCACGGAUCUUGGAGGGUGCGCCCAUCCUUCCCAAGAAGCCUCAUGCGAAAGAGCUCACUAAGCCCAUUGGCUUCAACUUGGAAAUAGAGAAGCGCAUUCAAGAGCGCGAGAACAAGAAGCCGCUGGAGGAGGAGCACUUCGAGUUCCGUUCGAGGCCGUGUCCAACCAAAAUCCUGGAGGAUGUUGUGGGCGUUCCAGAGAAAAAGCUGCUUCCUAUUACCGUUCCAAAGUCCCCAGCCUUCGCCCUGAAGAACAGAGCCCACACCCUGGUGAGAGAAGAGGAAAAAGAGAAGGAGGAAGAAGUGGCCCCUGUGAUCAAAGCCAGGCCAAUGCCACACUUCGGGGUCCCCUUUAAGCCUAAAGCUGCGGAGCCAAGGCAGGUGGAGUUAUGCCCUUUUUCCUUUGACUCUCGGGACAAAGAGAGGCAGCUCCAGAAAGAGAAGAAAAUCGAAGAACUUCAGAAAGAAGAGGUGCCCAAGUUCAAAGCCAACCCCUUGCCUCAGUUUGAGCACGUCAGCUUGCCAGAGAAGAAGGUGAAGAGUCCCACCAAGCCAGAGCCCUUCCAGCUGGCCAUUGACACCCGAGGAGCUAUGAAGCAUGAAAUGUGGCAGCACCAGCUCAAGGAAGAGAUGAAACGGCAGAAGGAAGCGACCUUGUUCAAGGCCCAGCCAAGCACUGUGCUGCAUCAGGAGCCCUUUGUGCCAAAGAAAGACAGCAAACUUAUCUCAGAGGACCUUUCUGGUUUCGCAGCUCCAGAAAGCUUUGAGCUGGCCACCGAGCGGCGAGCCCGAGAACGGCAGGAGUUUGAGAAGCGGCUGGCGGAACUUGAAGCAGAGAAGGCAAGGCUGCAAGAGGCAGCGAGGCGGAUUGAGGAACAGCGAGAGAAAGAGGAGAGGGCCAGGCUCCGAGAAGAGCUGGUGCACAAAGCCAACCCCAUCCGCAAGUAUCAGAGCGUGGAGGUCAAGGCCAGCGACCAGCCCCUCACCGUCCCCAGGUCCCCUAACUUCUCCGACCGAUUUCAACGCUGACGGAGGCCAUGAAGGGCGCGGAUCCACCACCCCAGCACGGGCAGGGAGGCCUUCCUGCUUACCUUCAGGCUGCCUUCUGACCAGCCUUUUAUGUACAGACUUUUUUUAAAAAACAAACCCACCACUUGGUGGUUUCAGUUCCUUCUUAAUUUCCCGAAGUAAAGGACUAGACUGUGUUUGGACCCCGGUCACUUCCAGAAACUCUCUGCCUUUUUCUAGAGUGGCUCCCUCUUUUUGGAGGGGCUUGUUCUUGUGCACUGACGAUGGUCGACUUGAACAAGAAUAAAAAUGUUACUACCGGGAAUGUUUCUCGCUGCCCCUUGGAGUGGAGGAGGAGGUUUCCUUUUCCUCUUUACUUUCCUGAGAGUGCCCCCACCAAGCGGCCUUUUGCCAAGCCCCAGCCCCUCCGUAAAUAUAGCCGCUCUUGGCUUGCAGUGGCCAAGCCAAGGUCUCCUCCUGCUAUUUGAGCGGCUUCUCUUCCUCGUCCGGAUUCAGUCCCUGCUCCUGCUUGGAGUCUGUAUUCCAAAUAAACUUUUAUAUCGCAUGACAUGAA